GCAAACCCGUCCCCAUUGAAUGCUGCUGUCACUGAAGAUAUUUACACCAAUGGCUCAGCCGUGCUGGGUAGCCCAGCCCAUGCAAAUGGCCGGGAAGUGCGGAAAAUGAGAUUCAUCCAGUUUGAGAAGGUUACGGAAGAGCCCAUGGGCAUCACGCUGAAGCUGAAUGAGAAGCAGAGCUGCAUGGUGGCCAGAAUCCUCCACGGGGGCAUGAUUCACAGGCAAGGCUCCCUUCAUGUGGGGGAUGAAAUCCUAGAAAUCAAUGGGAAAAGCGUCACUAACCACUCUGUAGAUCAACUGCAGAAGAUGCUGAAAGAAACCAAGGGAACGGUCUCACUAAAGGUCAUUCCCAACCAGCAGAGCCGUGUUCCUGCCCUCCAGAUGUUCAUGAGAGCCCAGUUUGACUACGACCCCAAAAAGGACACCUUGAUCCCUUGCAGGGAAGCUGGCCUGAAGUUCCAAACAGGAGACGUCAUUGAGAUCAUCAACAAAGAUGACAGCAACUGGUGGCAGGGCCGGGUGAUGGGUUCCUCCAAUGGGUCAGCUGGACUUAUCCCCUCUUUGGAGCUGCAAGAAUGGCGUGUUGCAAGCAUGACUCAAAGCAACCCCGGUCAAGCCCAGAACUGUAGCCCUUUUGGCAAGAAGAAGAAAUGCAAAGACAAAUAUCUGGCCAAGCACAGUUCAAUUUUUGACCAGCUGGAUGUUGUGUCGUAUGAAGAGGUGGUAAGACUUCCAGCCUUCAAGCGGAAGACACUGGUGCUAAUAGGGGCCAGCGGGGUUGGUCGAAGCCACAUUAAGAACACCCUGCUCAGCAAGAAUCCAGAGAAAUUUGGAUACCCUCUUCCAUACACCACUCGGCCCCAGAGGAAGAGCGAGGUGGAUGGGAAAGACUACCACUUUGUUUCCACAGAGGAGAUGACUAGAGACAUCUCAACCAACGAGUUCCUGGAGUUUGGGAGUUACCAGGGCAACAUGUUUGGCACCAAAUUUGAAUCUGUACACAAGAUCCACGAACAAGACAAAAUCGCCAUUCUGGACAUUGAGCCACAGACCCUGAAGAUCAUCCGUACGGCCGAGUUCUCACCUUUCAUCGUGUUCAUUGCUCCCACAGACAAGGCUGACCAGUCAGAAGCCUUGCAGCAACUGCAGAAGGAUUCGGAAGCGAUCCGGAGCAGAUAUGCCCACUACUUCGACCUGUCGCUGGUGAACAAUGAUGUGGACGAGAGCCUCCAGCAACUCCAAGCAGCCUUUGAGCGCGCAUGCAGCUCAGCCCAGUGGGUGCCCGUUUCCUGGGUAUAUUGAAGCUGUUCCCAGGAAGCCCUUCAGUUCAGCAUGUCAAAGGCAGGGGCCGCCACACCACCAUCCCCUCCACCUCUCUACUUUUGUCUGAAGUCACAGCCCCUUUACCUCUUCCUCAGAGCACCUCUUGCUCUGUAACUGCCAUGGCCAGAGUCCUCUUUUUUUUUUUAAGCCUCUGCCAGCUGCAGGCACCUGCAGACAAGCAAAUGUGUCUGUGGCCCACAUGGCACCACGUAAGCCCACACACCUGCAGCUCACAGGUAAUGGUGCAGCAGGAGGGUAAGGAAAGGCAAAGAAAAGAACCUCUCUCACCCGGCAAGACCACCACGGUGUCAUCACAAGUAACACUAAAAGCACAAUUUGGUCUGAAAGCCAUAAGUUGUGAAUGUUAAAUGGGAGGGAAAGAAAGGCCUGUUAAAACUGAACGUAUCAAUUUAGGGUUGUUUUUCCCCCCAUCCCACUGAGAAGACUGAGGAAGUCUAGUGAAGCUCUUCACUGGUCAGGUGUCCUUGCUGCAAUACAGCCACACAAUGCCGGUUUCUCCCAGUGUAGCAGCACCUGUUGCAUUUUGGAGUCAGCUUACAUUAACUGGACUGUAAUUGGGGGGCAGGGAUAGACAAGAUGAGAGCAGCCAGCCUCGUGUAGAGGUUUGGAGAUCAACUAUUGGGCAAGAGAGACCAUGGUGGUGAAUAAUAUAGGCUUGGGCCAUAAAACAAAGGUUUUAAGCCAGGGCCAGGUAACAAUCCACAGCCAGGUUGCACUAUGAGCCUUUCAGUUCCUGCAUGUUCUGCUCACUGAAUGAUCGUAACAUGCUCUCAUAAAAGUAGUAGGAAAAAAACAUUGUGGCAU